AUGAGCUCUUUUCUCCCCGACACUGCCAACCCCGCGACUCUCCUCAGUCGCCGUUUCCGCCCAGAAAGCAUCCCCGACCUCUCUGGCCGCGUUGCCAUCGUCACUGGCGGCUCCGCUGGCAUCGGAUACUACGACGCCCUCGCCCUCGCAAAGGCAAAUGCGCGCGUGAUCAUAGUCUCUGCGAAUGAGGAGCAUGGCAAGCACGCUGAGGCGGACCUGAACAAGGCUCUCCAGGAAGCCAAUUCCGCGGGUACCGUCGAGUGGCACGGCGUCGAUUUUGGCAAGUUGGCAGAGGUGGACGUGCUUGCGAGAAAGCUCGCACAGCAGGAGAAGCGCCUUGAUAUUAUCAUCUGCAACGCUGGCAUCGGGCAGGCGCCGCAUGGACUAACGAAUGAUGGGCUUGAGCGGCACUUUGAGGUGAACAACCUCGCGCACCACGUCUUCGUGCUUCGUCUUCUCCCUCUCAUGAAGAAAACCGCCAUGAUCGCCCCUCCCGCGACGGUCCGCAUCGUCAUGCAGAGUUCCGAGAUGCAUCGUAUGGCACCGAGCACAACCAAGUUCCUCUCCAAAGAGGAAAUCAACAAAGAUGGCGAUGGAGUGAUGCUUUACGGGCGCACCAAACUCGGCCUCAUAUUCUUCGCGCGCGAGCUCGUCAAGCGCAAGCUCGCGGACCUUCCUUCCAAUCGGCCCGUUCUCGUCAUCUCUGUGCAUCCGGGCGCUGUCGACACUGAUGUCCAGAAGGCGUGGUCGGAGUCGUACGGCGUGAUCGGCAAGGUGCUCGAGGCGCUGACACGCGCGGCUGGCAAGAGCGCUCCGGAGGGAGCAGAGGCCAGCCUAUGGGCGGCGACGAGUGCAGAUAUCUCCGAGGAAAACUGGAAGAAUUUCCAGGGCAAGUAUUAUUCCGAGCCGUAUGGGAAGCCUGACCAGGAGAGCAAGCUCGCUAAAGACGACAGCAUUUCGGCGAAUUUCUGGAACCUGUGCGUGAAAUUGACGAAGGAAUUGCUUGGAGAGGACUUGCAGUGA